AUGUCACGCUCGCUCGAAGCCAAGCUCCAAGAAACCCAAUCCGUGCUCACUUCAACAAGGCACGCUCUAGACGCCGCAACAAACCAACUAAAGGCCAUGUCAGAGCAAAAGGCACAGCUGCACACCCUCCUCGACGACCGUACCUUCGAGCUGAAAGAGGCUCAAUGCCGAGGUACUCCAGAGUGCUGCUUACAUGGCAGAAUCGAUGGUGGAUACAUUCUCAUUCGAUACGGGUGGGGUAAGAAAUGAGAAUGCCUAUGCAGCGAUCACGGGAUUGUUUGGGCAGUCACUUGCGCAUUAUUUGGCCACCAAGAAUCAUAAAGACGAUCCCCUUCUCAUUCAAAUCACGUUCCAGUCAUGCUUUGUCCAAAUCCUCGAUUUCGUGAUUAGUUCAUGGACCCUGGCUAGCAGCGAUCUCAACAAAAUGCUCGCCAGCACAUACAAAAGAAUACGAUGUGGUGAGGCACAAGCAAUUUCGGGGAGGUGGCGGGCGCUCACGAGCACAUACGCCCACAAUGUCGAAGAGAGCCAGCUCAUCGCAUCGAUUACACCACAACUUGCGGGUCAUUUCUCCGACAUCAUGCUUGCUGCAGGGUGCUGCGUAGCACCAGACGUACUUCGUGCAUCAGUAGAAGAAAAGUUAAGUGACAGGAUUGUACUCCUCUUCAAACAAGCCUUGCAGCUCAAAAAGAUCGUGAUGGAGCAGAUCACGUCUGCCGACUUGAGAACGGUCACAGUGCCUUUCGAGACCACAUAUUCCGCAGAACAGAUGGAAGAUGCAUACGUAGAUGGACACCCUGCUACUGGUGGCGUUCGGGUGCUGUGCACGACGGAUCUCGGCCUGAGGCGGAUAACCAGACUGGCUCCAUCAGGAGAAAAACAGUGGGAUGACAAGCUCUUACUGAAGCCGAAAGUUGCGCUGAAGACAGUUGUUGAUAGCAUGGAUGGGUAAAUGGUAGUUUCAUUCGAAAGUACAACAAGCUGUAUCACAUACUUGAAUGCUUUCCGUCUAUAUUUUUCCUCUUGUUUUGCGCUGGACUUCGGUCUAAAAGCAUGAUCGAGGACGAGAGGUCAAAACGCACGUGGUAAGUUCAGAACCGGCUUCUGCUCAUCUUCACUGGUUUUG